AUGAGAAUGUGGGUAUUACAUGAGAUCUUUGUUGAACAAGUUAUGAAGACUGAAAGGCUUGAUGCAUCCAAUUACCGUCCUACUCGUCUUAAGGCAAGAUUACAAAGAGACUAUCCACAACUUGUCUUUCACCGUCCUAUAGUCAGAAAUCGAAGCGAACUUGUCUUUGUUGAAGAGCUAUCAGUAGGUGAAGUAGCAGAGACCUGUGGAACAGCAGAUACUGAACGAGCAGACUCAGAAGAGAGUGACAGCGACGAGGAAAUGAUUAGUGAAACUCCAAUUGAUAAAAAGGAAGUCACCUUGAAAGAGUAUUACGAUGUUGCUAUGGCUUUACAGAAUGCUAUAAAAAGAGCCCGAGCUAUGGAUUCAUCUUGGCCACCACAUCUGUCGAUCUCUCCACGACCCAAGUGCUGA